GUGAGGCGUUACUGAACUGCAGCAGACGUUUAUGCUUACAAUUUAAUCUUCUAAAUAUAAGAGAUCUAGCAAAAUGGCGAUAUUUCCCAGCACACUUACAGAAGAAGAGGAAGCACUGCAGAAGAAAUAUGCCAAGUUAAAGAAAAAGAAAAAGGCUCUGUUAGCUCUGAAGAAGCAGAGCUCCACCAGUCAGACAAGUCAGGCAGGACUGAAACGCACUUUGUCAGAUCAGCCUGUGGUGGACACGGCAACAGCUACAGAACAGGCGAAAAUGUUGAUCAAGACUGGAGCGAUCAGUGCUAUCAAAUCAGAGAACAAGAACUCGGGCUUCAAGCGAUCUAGAACUCUGGAGGGUAAACUGAAGGAUCCAGAGAAAGGUCCCGUACCAGCAUUCCUUCCUUUCCAGAGGAGUGUCUCUACAGAUGAAGAGCCCCCGGAUUCGGCCAAACGAGCCAAUAGGAAAUCCCUGUAUGAGAGUUUUGUUUCUGGAGAUCGUCCCCAUGAUGAGGAGGCAGGAAUGUCGGUGAGUCGAGAUGUCGAGCGUGAACGAGAAAUAGAGGUGGACUGGGAGAGAGAACGAGAAAGAGACAGAGAGCGGGACAAAGAGAGAGAGCACGAGCGGGGCCGUGAGAGAGAACGAGAUCGCGACCGGGAACGAGACAGGAGCAGAGAAAGUGAGAGAGACAGAGAGAGAGACGGGCCCUACAGACGGUCAGAUUCAUUUCCAGAUCGCAGAGGUGUGCGGAAGGGAAACACGGUGUAUGUCUAUGGUGUGGGUUUAGUUGAGGACACCUUACGCCCAGCAUUCACUCAGCAUGGCAACAUUAUCGACCUUACCAUGGACUCUGUACGCAAUUGUGCCUUUGUUACCUUUGAGAAGAUUGAGUCUGCAGACCAGGCCGUGGCAGAGCUGAACACCACAACAUUGGGUGAUGUCAACAUCAAAGUCAGCAUCGCCAGGAAGCAGCCCAUGCUUGACGCAGCCACAGGGAAAUCUGUCUGGGCUUCUCUUGCCGUGCAGAACAGCGCCAAAGGCUCGUACAGAGACAAACGGAGCCAAGUCGUCUACAGUGAAGAUUAUCUUAAAUAACUUGUCUUGUCUUUGUGUACUUACAGCAAAUGAAUUUGUUUAUGAUUAAGUCCUUGAAGUCUUAUACUUUUCAAUAUCUGUACAAAAGCAUUAGCUGUCGAUUUUGAGUUUAGAGUACUCCGCAACUGUUUAUUGUUGAGUAGAUGGACUUUUAGCUCAGUGGUUAACGUUGUUGUGAUCAAUAAAUACAUCAAUAAAGUUUUCCAUCAGCCUG